AUGGGUGUAGAGGGCUAUUACUUUGGAGGGCCCAGGACUUCCCUGGGCUUGCAGCCCCACAGGGCAGCAUUCCUGGCUGCCAUUCUGCUGCUGCAGAUGAAGGGGGCAAAGACUCAGAAGGGCAGCAGAGGCCCAGAGAACAGGGACCUAGAAGAGAAAACGCCCCCUGAAGAGCAGGGCCAAGAGCAGUAUGAAGAGCACUUCAUGGCCUCCUCGGUGGGUGAGAAGUGGCAGGUGGUGGACAUGGUCCAGCAAGAGGAGGACUUCAUCUCCGAGGCAGCAGCUGUCCAAGACCGCCGUUUUUAUUUCGCUCUCUGCUUUAACCUGGCCAGCAUCAUGGCUUUUUUAUGA